AUGCCCGCCGAGCUAUCUUGGAAUACGCCGAACUGGCUCAGCGGCUUACGAUAUGCUCUUCGAAUCCUCGUCCUUGUGCUUAGCGGUGCCGUAACGUACUUUUUGCUGCAUACACUCGAAGCCUACCGCGGAAACAGUUCUCUCGACCUGCGAAAAGGGGAGCUGCCCAUGGUAUGGCCUGCUAGGACCCAUCUCGCACCAACAAUCGUCCUCUUCUCUGUCGCCGCCGCCAACUUCCUUACCUCCGUCGCCAUCCUCACCCUGUCGCUGAAAAGCCCGUUCCGAAGACUCUACCAAAAGCGCGAUGACUACCGGGUUAUAGCUGGAGGUUGUAGGAUCAUACUCUGGACGACUGCGCUGGCCGUCUUUACUCUGCUCGACAGGGCUAGUAAUGCUAGCCUUGGUCACUAUGCCUGCGCAAAUCGGGAUGUGGAAAGCAACGGUCGAUUCCAGUACCGAACCAUCUGUUCCGAGCAGAGUAUUGCAUUCUAUCUAGCAGUUGGUGUCGCGUCCGUCGAAGUCCUCUCCCUCCUCGUUUCGUCGUCUCCGCCGUCCAUUUCGCCGAAGCCAGACCAAGCGCGAUGA